GAGAAGAUGGGCAGCUCAUCAACCCCUAUCUUCCUAUUUCCAUGGCUAUCCUUGGUGGCCAUCAUCUGGCUCCAAUCCAUCAACGGCACCAAUUCGGUCUUCUCGAACUACUCUUCCCAGCUGAAGUCCCAGCUCAAGAUAUCCCAAGUGAAGCUCAACUACCUCAACGUUGCCUCCGAUGCUGGGAAGCUCUUUGGGUGGUGCUCGGGUGUCACAGCUCGCCACCUUCCCCUAUGGCUGGUCCUCAUCAUAGGUGCAAUCAUUGGUUUGAUUGGUUAUGGCGUCCAAUUCCUCUUCCUAGCCAAUAAGAUCGCAUCACUCCCAUAUUGGCAAGCCUUCUUGUUCAGCGUGCUUGCAGGGAACAGCGUCUGCUGGAUCAACACCGUGUGUUACAUCGCAGCCAUGAGGAGGUUCCCUGUGGACCAUGGGACCGUUGUGUGUUUGGCCACAAGUUAUUGCGCUUUGAGUGCCAAGAUCUACAUAGCUAUGUCACAAGUGAUCAUGGCAGGUAAUCCUAGUGACGACAGCAUCUACCUAUUACUAAACUCCAUUGUGCCUAUCGUGACAGGUGCAAUCACUUCACCAUUUCUUAAGGAAUCAAAGCCGGCCAGUCCGAAGACUCGCACCGGUCUUGUUACGAUAUUUGUGAUCGCCGGCGUCACAGGAACAUAUGCAGUGGUGGAGACGGUGGCUCCGGUCUUCGAUAACAUGCCGAGCAGGCUACCGCCGUUGAUUCUAUUGGUCAUGGUUGUAUUGUUAGUAAUCUUUGUGCCUCUGGUGAAUGUCAUAAAGUGGAUAAAGGAAGGGAAUUGGAGCUUCAAGAUGGUAGGAGAGGAAAUGGAGAAGAGUGUGAUAAAAGUUGAGGAGAAGGAAGUUGAGGAAGGUGGUGAAGGGUGCAGAGAAGAGGAGAGAUGGGAAACUUCGGUGGGAAGAGAAUAUGGGGUGCGGGAGUUGGUAGCAUGCAUGGAGUUCUGGUUAUAUUUCAUGGUAUACGGCUGCGGGGGUACGUUGGGCUUGGUAUAUGCUAGCAACCUGGGUCAGAUAUCUCAGUCUCGCGGGAUAUCCGACACGGUACUGGUUUCCAUCUCCUCGUCCUUCAGCUUCUUCGGGAAAUUGUUCUCGGCUCUCUUGUCCGCGUUCUCCAGCAGGUACAUGGUUUCAAGGCCAGCAUCAAUGUUAUUGCUAAUGAUUCCAAUGGCAGCUACCUUCUUCUUGCUGCUUAACCCCACCAAUGCCUGCCUGUUCAUCGGCACAGCCAUCAUAGGUAUGUGCUCGGGGGCCAUGACUUCCCUUGCUGUCUCCGUGACCUCCGAAUUGUUUGGCACUGAGCAUUUUGGUGUAAAUCACAAUAUUCUUAUUGCCAAUAUCCCUCUUGGAUCAUUUUUGUUUGGCUAUAUUGCGGGAUUCAUCUACGACAAGGAAGGUGGUGGGGGACAUGGUCCAUGCAUUGGAACCCAAUGCUACCACAAGACUUUCAUCAUCUGGGGAAUUUUUUGCUCCUUGGGAACAAUCUUAAGCUUUGUUCUGUACAUUCGGACAAGAAAAUGGUCCAAGAGAAGGGAACCGGGCAGCUGA